CUGUCUCCGACGCAGCAGGCCGAACUCAUCAAUCAAUCAAUCAUUACCAUCUCCUGCUUUGACGAGCAAAGCCUCGCUGGAUGGACAAGCGAGGCUUUGCUCGUACAUUUAUUGAUUUAUUGGCGACCUCAUGGACGAACAACACGAUUUCGGCUGUCCGAGCCUACUUUGUGAGGAGCUGGAGGACCUGGAAACGGAAGACACACAGGAGAGGAGGAGUGAGAAAGGAGAAGAGGAUGUGGCGCAUAGAGAGAAGGAAGACGAGGAGCAAAAAGCACCGCAGGAUGAUGAGAGGCCUAAAGGUAGUCAGGUGGAGGAUGCCAAGAUGGCUGACAAAACAGUGCCGGUGUGCAGUAAACCAGAAGGUCAAGAAGAAGGGAGCCCUGAGGAGAAAACCGAGCCGAAGAAGAGCAGAAGGAACCGAGGAAAGAAGCCAAGUGAGCGAAUGAGGAACAGGAAUCUCCGUAAGGACGCCACUGAAGAAGAUGAGGAGGAGAAAAAACAGAAAUUGAUGAGGAUGAGCUCGGAGGAGAGCUCGGCUCUGAUGGAGCCACCCGCUAGACUCAUGAGCACCUGUGACCUCGCCGAGCCCCUCUACCUGGGCUGCGGCGGCUCGGGUCUGUACUGCCCCCCUCAGGUCCCAAUGCUGUACUCUUCACAGAACCCUGUCCCCAUACAACCCGCACCGCCCUCUCAACACGGGACCAAGAGGCCCCCCAGUCCCUUCUUAACACACACUGUGUCUCAGCCGGGCCUGGAACCACUGGAGAUGGAGAUCACCCAGGUCACCACCCGCCGCUCCAUCCGCUACAGCGCCCGGGGUCGAGGCCGCGUCCUCAGCUUCCCUGUGAUGGCCGGACUGGAGAGCGUGGACACCGGCCUCCUGCCACCGGCGCCCAAGAAGAAGACACGGACACUCUACAACACCGACCAGCUGGAGCACUUGGAGGCCUUGUUCCAGGAGGACCACUAUCCCGACGCGGAGAAGAGGAAAGUCAUCGCUGCGUCAGUCGGCGUCACGCCUCAGAGGAUUAUGGUCUGGUUUCAGAACCGCAGGGCCAAGUGGAGGAAAGUGGAGCGCUUGGUGGCGGGCAAAGUCGAGCCACAGCAGAGCAGGGUUGGGUGGAGCCCCGCCCGCCCUCACAUGCAGCCCAUGUUGCCUAACAUGGCAGCCAACGGGCUUUCCAGCAAGGUAGAGCCCGCCUUCUCCACUCACUUUGGUGCCAAGAGGCCGCCGGCGGAGCCUGCAGCGCCGGCCUUCCCCACCCUGUCCACGCACACCGUGCCCUCAUACAGCACCCUGCUGGCCACCAUCAGCAGCCCAGGUCAGCCCAGAGCCAGAGACGGGGGCCAUCACCAGCCUGAGUUCCCCGCCCGCCCUCACAUGCAGCCCGUGUUGCCUAACAUGGCAGCCAACGGGCUUUCCAGCAAGGUAGAGCCCGCCUUCUCCACUCACUUUGGUGCCAAGAGGCCGCCGGCCGAGCCUGCAGCGCCGGCCUUCCCCACCCUGUCCACGCACACCGUGCCCUCAUACAGCACCCUGCUGGCCACCAUCAGCAGCCCAGGUCAGCCCAGAGCCAGAGACGGGGGCCAUCACCAGCCUGAGUUCCACCCCCGCCCCAUGUACAGCCCUCCCCCACUGAGGAGAGCCAGCCUCCCCCUCCUCGCCGUCGCCGCCGCCGCCACCUACGGCUCCAUCCUCAACACGCCGGCACCCACCCCACCUCUCUUUGUGGAUGUCGUGAAGGGUGGAACCUCCUUGGCCCACCGCGACUGCCACCCUGUGCAGACGGACGGCAGUUCUCGGUUUGACUUUGGGGACAAGCUGGACUUCCUCCUGCCGAGCCAGCAGAACAACUCUCUGUCCUUCCAGCUCCAGACCACCUACCCCCCCAGCCAGGCUCCGCAGCAGCACCAAGCCCAGACGUCUUUACCCGGCAUCGCCUUCCUCACCCCCUCCCCUUACCUCACCCCCAAUCCUCCCGAUUCCAUCUCCACUUCCUACUUUGCUUUCGGCCCCGCAGGGAGCUCGACAGGCGGGGUUGCAUACGCUACCGGGGGGCAAGCCUAUGUGCACUCCCAAAGUGGGGGACAGAUUCUGCUUCAGGCCGCCGGCCAGCACGGUGGCAUGGCGGCCUACAAGUCCUACCCGUGGGCUAACGUGUACGGCCAGCCCGCGGCGCACCAGUGCCUCCAGCGUCCUGCGACCUACUCCUCGACCGGCUUCGCCGCCGCCGCAGGCCGGGACUUCCAAGCGCCGUCUUCUUCUGCCAACCUUCUGCCCCUGUGCUUCCAACGUGCAGACCCUUUGCCCUCGCAGGCGCUGACCCACGUGGGAGGCACCACGACCGUCCUCCCGCCCGUGUCCACCCUCCAGCCUUCCCGCCUCCGGGUGGACAGCGGGGCGACGAAGGUGGCGCCCAUGCUGCCCCCCUCACACGCCAGUCCCGGCAGCCCUCUGGUGCCCUCUGGUGAAAAAAUGGAGUAUGACAGCCCACGGGAGGUUCACAGCCACUUCCACUGUGACUUCUCUCCUAUACACUUUUGACCGUGUGUGUCUGUGUGGCGUCCUAUAAUAGUAGAUAUUAUAUAAUAUGAGUGUUUUUGGUUUGGCCACAUCCAGAAAGGCAGCAAUAAAUGCGUUUUGUUCUCUUCCUA